AUGACCACGCCUCCCGAAGACAUUCUCGCGCACGUGCAAGCCGUACGCACGCGCAUCCAAAACAACAGCCCCAUCUACGCCUUCCUACUCGACGAGGCCGAAAUCUACGAGGCCUCGACGGGGGUGAUCCGCGCGACGCUGCGGGUGAACAAGAAGCAGAUCAACUCGAAGGGCACGCUGCACGGGACCUUUUCGGCGUGCGUGCUCGACUGGGCCGGCGGGUUGGCUAUCGCCACGCACGGACUGCAGUCGACGGGCCUGAGUACGGAUAUGCAUAUUUCGUACGUGAGCACGGCCAAGGAGGGCGAGGAGUUGCAGAUCGAAGGAAGGACGAGUCGGGUCGGUCGCACGUUGGGAUUCACCACGGUGGUUAUUUCGAAGCGCAAGGAGAAUGGCGAGUUGGCGGUUGUGGCUCAGGGGUCGCAUACGAAGUAUAUUGCGCGGUGA